AGACACCAACGCUUCAAACGCCACAGCUAGGUCUGCGCAACCUUGCUUUAAUCCGAUAUUACAUUGUCUAUUGCACGAGCAGCCAUAACACAAAAAUGCAGCGCCGUAUGCUCACCAAAGACGACGAGGCCACAGCGCAGAGCGAGGAUCUCGAGGUACGACGUGAGGAUCAAGAGAAGAUCAACAGAUUCAGUUCUCUGCACCAAAAGGAAGAGAUUCUUGAGGAAGAGCUGCGAGCGAAGAUUAAGGAGAAGGAGGAUCUUGAGGAAAUCUCGGGUGAACUAGAGCUCGUAGAUGAAGAAGAGAAAGUACCAUACAAAGUAGGCGACUGCUUCAUCUCAUUACCCCAGCCUCAGGUUCUCGAGCUCCUCAGCUCAUCAACCGAGGCCAUCGAAGGCGAAGUCGACGCCCUCAAGACGAAGCUCGAGGGGAUCCAAGAAGAAAUGGGAGAGUUAAAGAAGGCCCUAUACGGCCGUUUCGGCCGCAGCAUCAACCUAGAGACGUAAAGAAAUUCUAGUAGUCCACGAAGCAUCUAGACGUUUCUUUGGUCUUUCCUCCUAAGUAUGAUUCAUGGCUGCAGCAAAUCAAUACAAUAAAAAAGAAGAAGAAGAAAAUGUAUUUUUUAGAUACACCCCAAUUCCGAAGUUCAUUAUUACCCCGACUCCGACCUCGGAAUUCGCACCG